AUGGAAGUACAUCGUCGCCCUGGCUUUAGUGAUCCUCUUGAUUGGUUGAGCUUUCCACCAAGAAACCUUGACAUUCAAGUCGUGAUUGGUCAUGGUGCAAAGCUGGGUAAACAAGCUCAAAUCAUCCAAGAGUCUCAUUGUUGCAAGUGGGUGCAGGUAGUGCACACCGAACCUGAAGAGCUAGCAAUGUAUAAGAAUUAUCCUGGCGCAAUUACCAAGGGAGAAGGAAAGAACAGAGCUGAAGUUGAGCUGUGCCAACUUGCAGAUCUCGUUGUGGCAGUUGGGCCCAAGUUGACAGAAGCAUUCUCGUCCUACUUGCGUUCAUCUCAUCAAGAUGUCUUCCAGCUGAUGCCAGGCACCUUUAAAGAGUUUUCAGAUGUUGAGCAUGCUACGCGAGCGAGUGCGAAGUUCAAGGUGUUAACCUUUGGCCGUGGUGAUUUUGAAGACUUCAGUCUCAAAGGAUACGACAUUGCCGCUCAAGCAAUAGUUGAAAUGAAGGACAGUUCCUACCGUCUGAUCUUUGUUGGCGCACCUGAUGGAAAGCAGGAUGAAGUCGCGGAAAUCUUAUACCAGACGGGCAUUUCAAGAAACCAGUUGUUUGUCAGAUCAUUCGUGAAAGACAAGCAAAGAUUGAAAGAGUUGUUUUGUGAAGUUGAUGUGGCCAUCAUGCCUUCAAGAGCUGAGGGAUUUGGCUUGACAGCACUGGAAGCCAUGUCAGCUGGCCUUCCCAUUCUGGUAAGUGGAAACUCCGGAUUUGGAGAAGCUCUGCGUUGUCUUCCGAUGGGCGAGUCAUUUGUGAUUGAUUCGGAUGACCCCAAGGAAUGGGCAAAGGCAAUAGCAACUAUCCAUCAAAAAUCUAGGGCACAGCGGCUUGAGGAAAUUCAAAGACUUCGAAGAAGUUAUGAAGAGAGAUUCAGUUGGGAGAGACAGUGCAAAUCCCUUGUUGACACGAUGUGGAAGAUGGUUUAUGGUAAGAAAUCAAAUUCUUACCCUAAGUAAAGUAACGAUAAUUUAAAUGAGCAAUUUUAGGAUGAGCGCUGAGUAUGAUCUGAAAAAUUUUGUAGAUCGUGGAGGAUGCUGGCCGAUGCGGAUAACACCCUACGAGAUCUGCAUAAUUUUGCACAUCAUUUGAAAUCCCAAUCCAAUUAUUGUUUUAUUAUCCAUUCAAAAUAGUUCAUACUUGAAAAACGUGCCUACCUCGAUCGAUGUUAAGUUUCUGUCUUCAACUUCGUUCCAAGGUCUCUCAGUUGCCGUCCCCUUUUCUGGCGAUAUCCUAGACUAUUGACGUCAUUUUACUGGAUAUCGCAAACGUCUUCCAAAUUCGAUCAUCGCUAGCUGGUUUUAAAGAAAUAGCCGUGGGAUUUAAGUCAUUCUCAUUUUGUUCUGUUGAAACCACCGUAAUUUAAAAUGGUCAGUUGGUUUUUGUUUGAACCAGUGUAUUAUCUCCCAUAGAGCGUUUUCACUCAUGUGGCGAGCAUCUACGCCAAUUUGUUGGAACAAAAUAAAGUGUUUAUAUAAGAAAAGAGUUCAACUCCAACAGGAUUGGUUUGGAACACAAACAUGGCCGCCGUUUCGUUGUUUCGGAACACUAGUAUGACCGACAUGACGUCAUGUGAAAACGCUAUAUUAAACUGACGUGAAAUAACCUUUCGCAUUUUGGAUUUUUCCUCUCUAUCAUUUGCAGGUGAACUGGUUUUCCUUGCACUUAAAAAAAUCAAGCUGGAAGCGCGUAGAGAGGCCAGCAAAACUGAGCUGUCGUUGAAUUUAAAGAGGAUUGCUUUGGAGAAAGGUUUUGUGAUUUCUGACAAUCAAGGGGAUGGAAACUGCAUGUUUUUUGCACUUUCAGAACAACUUGACCACAUCAAAGGAAUUAAAAUCACCCAUGAAGAGUUACGCCGAACUGUUGUCCAGUAUCUCAAGGACAACCCUAGGCUGGUUAGUGUCUUUUUUUAGUGCCUUAAAGCUGUCAAGCUAUUUAUCUCAUACUAGCAACUUAGGUUGACCGAAGUGGAAAAGGGAGGAAAUAAAGAGGGUUUCUUUUCAAUAUAAAUCAAAUAACGGAAGCCCAAGCAGAAAUGGAAACGGACUGGGGAACAUUUCCUUUUUUCGCCUCGGCCGUUAAGCUUCUUUUGCGUACGUUUAAAAAAACAGACCUGUGACUUGACGGAUAUAGAACUUUGCCACCACGGCAGCUUUUUUCCUGCUCACUUCUCUUUUGCGUCAUCCACACUAUUAAACGCUUGGAGAGGCUAAUGGACAUAUAGAGUUGGUCCUUAUCGUUCUUUAUUUAUUUUGUUUGAAACUUUAUGAGGCGGACACGUAUUUUAGAGUACGACAACUAACGUUGUCUGUGGCCCAGGGUAGUACUCCCUAUAAGGGCCUAUACGGGGAGGCUCUGCACAAAAGGGGUACCUUUUUCAGACUUCAGGUUUAUGAAAGGGUAGGGGCUUUAUUGGUUGAAUUACAUAAAAGGGUAAGGAAAUCUGUCAUCUGGGUCUGUAAAAGGACUAAAAAGGGCUAACAAACGCAUUUCAUGGAUGUAAAAGAAACAAGAAAACUUCCUGGUUUAGUGAUUUAUUCAUAAAAAAAGAUGGUGCAUUUACAGCAGUUUCAACUUUGCAUUCCUUUUAAAGGGGAUACAAAGUUCUAAACUAGGUAUGUCAAAGGGGCACCAUUUGUCAAUAGAAGGUAUACGGAAGGUGAACCUUUUCUGUCAACAAUGGUGUAUAAAAGGGUAAGGGGUUGGACCUCGGGGCGGAGCCUCCCCCAUAUAAAAUUGUUAAUUCCCCCCCCCCAGGGUCUGUGGUGGAGAGAGCUGACUGCAUAGUUUCCUGAAUAAGAACCGUCUUAGAAAUGAGCGUUGUCGUCUUUUUAGUAACCACAGCAUUUUUCUCUUACAGCCGGAUGGGACGGAUCUGUUCCACUUUGUUGAUGGAUAUUCAUCUUGGAAUGCUUACCUUACAACCAUGAUGGCAGAUGGUACAUGGGGUGAUCAUGUGAUUCUCCAUGGUGCUGCAAACUGCUUUGAAACAUGCGUUCAUGUGAUCAGCAGUCUGCUGCAUCACCAUGACGUUAUAAUCUGCCCAGAGUAUGAUGUUACUGGUAGCAACCGGCUUGUGCUGGGUCACGUGUACGAGCUUCACUACGUUAGUCUUAUUCCACAUGAAGGAUGCUAAGAUGUCUAAUUACUCUGCAAUUUAAGAUUUCCAAACUCGCGUUACCAAAUUCAUUUCAUUUAAAUUGAGCAAUUGUUGGUUUUCACAUGACGUCACUAAAAUUCAAACUACAAAACUAUCGAUCCUACUGAGAUUUUACUUUCAUGGUGUAUUAGAGUGGCUGAAAACUAAUUUUCAAACAAAUUUUCGCUUCAAAGGGGUUCUUGGUUUUGUAAUAGUGUGCGCUUGAAUUUCUAAGCUUUUGCGUGACACAGCAUUUACAUGACGGCCGAGAGAGCUGUCAUUUAGGUUAAAAAAGUGACUUUUUUCGAGGAAUUUUUGCUAUCUAAACAGUUCAAGUAUUAGAAAAAGUGUUACUUUAAUGUUUAUGAGUUCCUCUAGGAGUAAAUUCACGCUUUUGUACUGCAAAACUCGGUAACAGAUGUUUCUGUUGGUUUCCGUCCGCCAUGUUGGAGCUCAUCCUGAUGAGCUCCAGCAUGGCGUCUCCAUACAAAGCUCUAUAAAUUUAGUUAAAACAUUUCCUCGGUUAUCUCGUAUACCAAUUAUUCCUUCGACCCAAAUCUUGGCGAGGGUUUUUGUAUAUUUACCUCCUUUCAUUUCCCAGUUUCUGGACUUUAUCUGUCGAAUGGUUUUGGUUUUUAUUUUGAUCUAUUUUGCAUGGCGUGACACUGAAAACCAGCAAUUACACCUUUCAGUUACCAGAGUUCUGAGUUGUCCCCUUAUUUGCUGUGUUGUUAGCAAGAAACUUCUUUGUCCAUUUAUACUGAACGCUUCCUUUUUUCACAUGUUUGCAAUUCGUCAACGUUAUUGUGACGGUACAAAAAGACAUUUAAAUAUGGUUAAUGCAUAAGGAAAAUUUUCUGUGUGAAAAAAAUUCAUACCCAGUCCCCUUAGGCAAUAUAGGUGAUUCACUCUUUUCUAUUCUAACAGGAUUCAUUUGUGAAGGACCACAUUACCUGCUGUCGCCCUUAAGGUGGCUCGAUACAGUUUUUCAGGGCCAAUACCUCUCAAGUUUGAGCAUAAACUACGUCGUAAACAAAGUUUUGGAAAAAUUGCCACCACAGUUGUAUUAGAGGAAGAUGAAAAUUUGUUAUGAUGAGGGUUGCAACGGCAUCGGAGUUGUCAUAGCAACGAAAUGACGCUAUUACCUAUUUUACUUGCAACAGUAUAUUUCGGCACUGGGAACUGUUAUUCGAAAAUCAUUCACGGGAGCUUUUUCCUCCAAUAGCAGCCUCGCGUUAUCGAGAUAUUUUGGGAUAAAGAUUUUGUGGAUAGAAAUACGGUAAAAAAUGGACAGUCUUGGUGUUCGGCUGUUAUCUGUAGAAAACGAAGCGCUUUUGACAUGCAAUUUCGCCUCAUAGUAGUUUCAAUCUUUUUAAAAACGGGUGUGGAAGAUCAAGGAGAUAGCUCCAGCCGAUUGCUAGAAAGAAGGAUUUGAUUAGUAUGUAUCGAGGCGCUCUUGUUAGCGGUUUUUGAACAUUUUGGUCGACUUUAACUGAUUAGCGAACAAUUUUUAAAUCGCUCGAUUAGAUUUUUUUAAAAAAUUAACAUCCUUGAGAUUAACCUUCCUUUUAUAUGACCUUUUAGUUUCAAGAUUAUUGAUAUAUUAUAAGGCAGUGAAAUAAGGGCUAAACCUUAUAUGUAAGUCGGAGUUUAUUCUAGCAUUAUCAAUAGCAUUUAGUUAUAAAGGAGGGGCCUUGCUUUAGAGGUUCCUUAUCUACAGUCUCU